AUGGGAGCGGUGGCUUAUCGUUUGGCACUUCCUCUUGAGUUGUCCUUUAUUCAUCCAGUUUUUCAUAUCUCAAUGCUAAGGAAAUAUAUAUUAGACUCAUCUCAAUUGCUUGAAGCACCUGUUACGCCGCUUGAUGAUAAGUUGUCUUACGAGGAGGAGCCAAUGGCUAUUAUUGAUAGGCAAGUAAGGAAGCUAGGGUCAAAAGAAAUUGUGUUCGUUAAAGUGUUAUGGAGAAAUAAUAUAGUUGAAGAAUUUACGUGGGAAGUAGAAAAAGAUAUACAAGCAAAGUAUCCCCAUUUAUUUCAAUCCACAGAUAAAGCAGUUGACGCGAGCGAGGAUUUUGUUAAUUUGAGUAUACGAGUUGAUAGUUCCUG